AUGGAUUCUUUUCCAGAUCCUUGCUGGGCAUCCAUAAACAGAGGGAUCCUGAUCUGUGAUGAGUGCUGCAGUGUCCACCGGAGCCUGGGCAGGCACAUCUCCCAAGUGAGGCACCUGAAGCACACCCCAUGGCCCCCCACACUGCUGCAGAUGGUGGAGACGCUGUACAACAAUGGUGCUAAUUCCAUCUGGGAGCACUCCCUGCUGGAUCCUGCCUCCGUGAUGAGCGGGCGCCGCAAGGCCAGUCCCCAGGACAAAGUGCACCCCAACAAAGCAGAGUUCAUCAGGGCUAAGUAUCAGAUGUUGGCGUUUGUACACCGUUUGCCGUGCCGGGAGGACGACAGUGUCACUGCCAAAGACCUCAGCAAGCAACUCCAUUCCAGUGUGAGGACAGGGAAUCUGGAGACCUGUUUGCGUCUGCUCUCCUUGGGAGCUCAAGCCAACUUCUUCCAUCCUGAGAAGGGGAACACCCCACUGCAUGUUGCUGCUAAGGCAGGACAGACCCUACAGGCAGAGCUAUUAGCUGUUUAUGGUGCUGAUCCUGGAACACAAGAUUCCAAUGGAAAAACUCCAGUUGACUAUGCAAGGCAAGGAGGACACCAUGAACUGGCAGAGAGGCUGGUGGAGAUCCAGUAUGAGCUCACAGACAGGUUGGCUUUCUAUCUCUGCGGCAGGAAACCAGAGCACAAAACUGGGCAGCACUUUGUGAUACCUCAGAUGGCAGACAGCAGUCUGGAUGUGUCAGAACUGGCAAAAGCAGCCAAGAAGAAGCUUCAGUCUCUAAGCAACCACUUGUUUGAAGAACUUGCCAUGGAUGUGUAUGAUGAAGUUGACAGGAGGGAAACAGAUGCAGUUUGGCUUGCUACUCAGAACCACAGCACCCUUGUGACAGAGACCACAGUGGUCCCUUUCCUGCCUGUAAAUCCUGAGUAUUCCUCAACCAGAAACCAGGGGAGGCAGAAACUGGCUCGGUUUAAUGCCCAUGAGUUUGCUACUCUGGUUAUAGACAUCUUAAGUGAUGCCAAGCGAAGGCAACAGGGAAAUCCCCUCACUGGCUCCAAAGAAAACGUGGAACUGAUCCUCAAAUCCAUCAGCAAUCAGCACAGCAGUGAGAGUCAGGACAAUGACCAGCCUGACUAUGACAGUGUUGCUUCAGAUGAAGAUACAGACCUGGAAACCAAUGCAGCUAAAUCAAAUAGGCAGAAGAGCCUGGACUCAGACUUGUCAGAUGGACCAGUGACAGCUCAAGAGUAUCUGCAAGUGAAAAAUGCACUGGUGGCUUCUGAGGUGAAGAUUCAGCAGUUAAUGAAAGUGAACAUUAACCUGAGUGAUGAGCUGAGGAUCAUGCAGAAAAAGCUUCAAACGCUGCAGAGUGAGAAUACCAACCUCAGAAGACAAGCCACAACCAAUAUCUAUCAGGUCCAAAGUGGCUCUGAGUACCCAGACCCCAGCACCACCUCCUCCCUAAAGCGGCGCCCGUCGGCCCGGGGCAGCAGGCCCAUGUCCAUGUACGAGACUGGCUCGGGGCAGAAGCCCUACCUGCCCAUGGGGGAGGUCACCUACCCAGAGGAGAGCAUCACGAGGCUGCAGCCCUUCCCUCCACAUAUCGGGAGGAGUGCGUUUGUGACCUCCUCUUCAUCUCUACCCUCCUUCCCCUCCACGCUUUCCUGGGCGAGGGAUGAGAGCACACGAAGGGGCUCGAAGCUGGAGAAGCAGAGCAGUGUGUCUGAGAGUGACUAUGACAACCCCCCAACACCUCAGGAGCUGGAGGAGUCAGGGUCGGGCAGGAAGGGCCGGCAGAGGAGUGUCAUUUGGCAGGGGGAGGGAUCCAUCCCUGAGGAUGCAGACUCAGCCCACAGCUCCAGUUUGCCCAGUACUGAAGAUGUGAUUCGGAAAACUGAGCAGAUCACCAAGAAUAUUCAGGAGCUGCUGCGAGCGGCACAGGAGAACAAACACGACAGCUAUAUACCGUGCUCCGAGAGGAUACAUGUGGCAGUGACAGAAAUGGCAGCCUUGUUCCCCAAGAAGCCCAAAUCGGAGCUGGUGAGGACUUCCCUGCGCCUGCUGACAUCUAGUGCCUACAGACUGCAGUCAGAGUGCAAGAAGGCCCUGCCCGUGGAGACGUGUCCCACCACAGACCUGCAGCUGGUGACCCAGCAGGUCAUCCAGUGCGCCUACGACAUCGCCAAGGCUGCCAAGCAGCUCGUCACCAUCACUACCAAAGAGAACAACAACUGAGGCACUCCUGGCUUUCUCCAGUCUGCUCUCCCCAGGUUGGAUCUCAACACAGAGCUGUGGGAACUCUCUUGGCGUUUUCGCACGAGGAGAAACUUAAAAGGGGCAAGAAACUCUUUCUCUCUCUUUUUUUUUUUUUUUUUUUAAACUCAGUAUUAUUUUUGCAUGUUUUCUAACAGUUUUAUGAUUAAUUUAACCCACUGCCUUAUUCUGUGCCUGUGUUGCCAGUUUAGUUACAGAUAAUAGCAUGUUGCAAAUAGCUGUCGAGCCAAUAUCACGUCCCAGCGCUGUACGAGCUCUUGCUAGAUGUUUCCUUGGGGCCACGUUCUGCUUGCAGGUCCUGCUUGUGAAAGUCCUCUGAGGUCAGCUGCAGGGGUGGGAGGGCAGUCCUGCCCCCACUCUGUCCGUCCUGGAGCCUCACGUGCCCUGAUCCUGCUGGCUGAGGCUCCCAAGGCUCCGGGACCAGCAGGAAAAAAGGUUUGUCCCUCCUGGUAACAGGGUACAAGCCCAAAAUGAUCUGUUCCCAUAUCAACUGUUGUGCAAUAUGUUUUUUUAGUCUGCUAAACCAAUAGUAGUUGUGAGCAUCCAAGCUUGGUCUGUGUAACUCUACAAGGUCUUUGUCACUUUAUCUGUUUUUGGAAGGAAUUUGAACCUUUAAUAGUUAUUUCUUUUAGUUGUCACUAUGCCAUUCAUAGAUAUGUUUGAUGUUACUUUAGGGCAUUAGUGGUUAAAAUAUUAUCCUUUGUUUCUGAGUUAGUAAUUCAUCCUUAAGUUUCCUAUGGAAUUUUCCUGGCAU